CUCAUGGUAACCACCGUAAACACAACCGCCUUUCUCUCUGCCUCCUCCGUGUGCCUACCCUUCAUGGUCUCGGCUCUGCCGCGGCUCCAAAGCAGGUGAAAAUGGCUGCAUCGACGUACAGAGAGGACCGCUACUAUGCAAAUAUUGCGCCUAUUCAGCAAAACAUGCGUAAAAGUGAGAAGCGCAGACUGGAGCUGGAGAGGGAGUUGUUUACUUACUCCAGAUCAGACAAAAGAAUCUUGCAGAUAAAGUGUUCCAAACUGCGCAGCUAUCUCAAAGAAAUCUGUGGCAGGGAAGCACGAGCGAAAAUGAGAAACCUUCAGCUUAAGAGAGAUGUGGAGUGCAUGGAAAUUAGCAUGAAGGAGCACAGUUCUGACCAUGGAACCCUCCAACAACAAAAGGCUGACUUCUUGGAAAAGAUUUCCAGAUUCACUCAAGUGAGCAGCAAGACAGAGGAGCUGGAAGCGGCAAAGACUAAAGCUGUGCAAAGACGACAGUGGGACAACAGCAAGAACUUUAAGCAAGUGGAAAUUUUUAUGGACCGCCAGACCUCCAGGGGCUAUGAUGCCGAAGCUGGCACCACAAGUGUACACUCACACCAAGCAUUGCAGCGUUCGCCCAAUCGCAGCGUUCAGCCGUGCGAACGUCUACCGAGUGGCCUUUUGAAGGACUUCAGAGUUGGCGGAGAGAAUGCCGCCAGUAAGCGAGCGCAUUUAUCAGAUGACAUUUCAAGCUCAAACGAUUCCCCUGACGGCUGUAAUUUGAGUGACAAACAUGAAAGAGUGUCGAGGCUGCUCCCAUCUGCUCGUGCCUCAACAGCGGCAGCUGGUUGUGUGGCUUCUGCAAGUGAUGAUGAACGAGAAGCUUCACCUCUGGUGACCUUGACGAGGUCUGGGAAGAAUCCAUUUCCCAGCAACGGUAACCCUGCGAUGGCUAAGAAUCCCGCUACAGAACCCACUGACUCCCAAGAGGUGGCUCGCAAGCCUCUCAUAAUGGGAGAUGAAGAGAGAGGUCUUAGCCAUUUGAAGCCUGAAACCACUUUCAGAAAAGGAGCUCAAGAGACAUCAGGAAAAUGUGAGAGUGAUGGAGAAUCUUGCUCAGAUGUGCAGUUGUCAGAGAGCAGUUCCAGUGACCUGACAAUUUCUUUGACACAAUCGGAGCUCGAGGAGGAUUUACCAGUGGAGACAGCAUCAGAGAGAAAUGCCUCUUGCAGAGGAAGUGGUGAUCACAAAAAGCAUCGUCCUGAUUCAUCCCCCCACUCUGACGAGUCUAAGAACACAGAGCAGUUAAACAGUGAAUCCUUAACACCAGGGGUGACUUUGAAAAGCCUUUCCCUGGAAGGACUCUUUAAUCUGCUAGACAGCAUCGAAGGGCGACUCCACGGCGAGCAGAGCCACGUGUACAGAGAUUCCUCAAUAGAUGGGAGACAACUCAAUAGGAUUAUCAGCCUUUGUGACGAUGGAGCAGGCUUGAUUGAUGAGGACCUUGAAGCAUGUGGAACUGUCGUCCUUCACGAGCUUCGGAGGUUGUCAUGGAGCACGGAGAAGGGCUGCGUGCUACCACAGGAGCUGGUGAGAGCGCAUCAGUCUAACACUGAGCCUAAUGAAAUAAGCACCAGCCUCCCUCCCAAUGCGGCUCGGCUGUGGGAUCGCUGGUUCAAGCACGCCCUUGUGCUCAAGGAGAGCCGUGUCCUCAGCGCUGAGCGCCUGGUCCAACUGUUUACGCCGCUUCUGCUGGAGCAUGAUGCCGACUACAGCCAGCAGGCCAAAGUGUUGCUGAGGGCACUUCUCUCCCGGUCCAGUGAGGAGGGCCCCUCAACAGAGGAUGAGAGUGACUCUUUUUCUUUGUGCAAUAAUUCCUCUGCCUUGGCCGACGCAGACGUGGAGCCCUCCCAAUCGGUAUGCCCGCAGCACAUCCAAGAACUACAAAGCACUGAAGAGGACAGCCAGGACAAAAGCCUGGUGGAAAGUGGUCCUAUUAGAGAGACAAAAGCAUAUCAGUUACUUAAACAGUCAGCCAUGCAGAAAAGACUGUCGAGUUCUGAAGAGGAGGAGGAGGAGGAAAGCAGCUUUUCGGGAAUAAAUCAUGGCCAUGAAGAGGACCUGGGGAGGGCCAAACGCUCCUCACAUCAAGACCCUUACCCUCGGAAAGGAAGUUCAAAGGUUUAUUCUGCUUUGCAAACAAAAGAUUUUUGGCAGGAUUCUGAUGACAGCGACUUCGAGAUUGAAGCAGCCCUUCGUCCUCCGACUUUCAGCGCAAACAGUGAUGGCACCGAUGACUUUUAUCAUUGAUAUUUCUGCAAUGCUCCAUAUUGUAUCAUUGUGAGACAUGUGGCAGAUUGACUCUUGGUUAUUCACCCCCUGACCAUACUUUUAUUGGUCUGCAUUCUAAAUCAUAUGCACAGCAUAUUGUUAAAACAAAUAAUAAAGUUGACAACUCUCACGCUGGAUAAAGUAUGUGAAGAGUUGUCCAACGCUCUGAUGUUAACCCCGCUUCAGUCUCUUUAUCUGAACAACUCUCCCGGCUCAUAAUAACAGCUCGAAAUAGAUUAAACUGAUCUUUUAAAGCGAUUUGUUUGCACUGGGCUGAAAAUCCUGCAUUUCGAAUGCUGCAAGCAUCUCAGAGUGCUCUACUUGCAGCAAGCUGGAGUGUAGUGAUGUGAGUCACCUGUGAAACGACAAAGCACGAUGGCCACUCUGCUCGCUCCGGUGUGACCCGUGAACCCGCUGAAGAGGCUCAUCUCUCAGGGCACAGAGUGUAGUAGCGCUUGCAAACUCAGAACAUUUAGAGACCCCAACAAAAUGCUCUAAACAUUUUCUUAGGGCCAGAACAGAUUUGUGAACUGAAAGUACAAAGAUAUGGUUAAAAUCUCUCUCUUUUAGUGUGCUAAUCACUCAUGAGUAGCUGAAAUUAUGCUUAUAUUGCAAAAUAGUCUUCUGUAAUUUAUGAUUUUCCUGCACAUUGAUCAUCCUGUGUCUAUUAUUAACUGUGUGGGAGGCUUCAUUCCAAGGUUUACAUUUAUAGUUCAUUAUUUCUGCCGCGUAAAAUUUCCAAGCUGAGAUGUGGUAAAAGCCCCCUGGCACAUAGUGUCAGCAGGAUUCCAUUAGUCAGCUUUUGGUGACUUUAUAUGCCUGAACCUUUCAAAGUAGGACUCCACAUUCAUUACCAAUAAUGGCUUCAGUCGGCCCUGACCCAGCACAGGAAAGGGAAUGGGGCAGAGCAAUUUACAGUUUGCUAAAAGGUUCCCUAACAUAAUAUCCAGUUAAGGAGCAUGUCAACAGAUACUUGUGUGCGACUGAUGGCUCAUGGUGAAAGUGGAGUUAUAUUGUACUAAUGUGUACUAACAGGAAUAUUUUUUAUGAAGAUCUUCUUUGAGUCUGUGCCACUGAGACAAUUGGGAUGCUAUUCAUAUCAUUUCUUUCGCUUUGUUAUUGGCUUAAGUACGUGUCGCAGUUACAAAUGGGAUUUCAGACUCAGGUUGUCAAUGGAUGGAGCUUGUCUCUUAUUCCUGUUUGGUUUUAUCAAGGCAGCUCAUCUUUUUCAUUGACAUUUUUGCCUACAUUACCACUGUGAGGUUUACAUAUAUUCAUUGUUGCCAUUAAUGCCUUUAAGGUGGGAACUUAAAUAAUUUGAACUGUCCUUUUAUAAGGUGCAAUAUUGUAACAUAAUAUUCCUUCAGUUAAUUUAAAACUAUCAAUUAACUGAAUUCCAAAUAAACUCAAGCACAGUCUUGAGUUUAUUUGGAAUUACACCUAAACUUGUGUCAAAAUUAUAAAGACAAGCUCAAUAUGCAGACACCCCCGUGAUGUUUUGAUAAAUGCUUCUGAGAAAAUUACAUUGAGACACACUUUUCAUAGUGAUCAGAGAGCUUCUGGGGUCAUUCUGACUGGAUGUUUGCCUAUUUUCAUAAUUAUAAAUAGUAUAGCCCAUUAAAACUGGUUCCUGUCCAGACACAUACCGAGCAUUAAAACAUAGUUCAUACAUUUAAGUCUUGUUCAGGUUGAGGCCAAACAAGAAGCUUAAUGUUUAAAACAAAAUUAGUUUUGAUAAAUAUUUGAGAUAAUUUUUCCAUUGGAACAUCCACUUCUGUCCAUGAUUAAUUCAUACAACCCAAACAGAUGUAGGGAAAAAAAAGUUAUCAAAAUGCUCUUAAUCCAGCAGCUGUAUAGAAAAACUUGGAUAAAAUUGGUUGUUGUAGCAGUGCAGUGAUCCCAAACAAACCGAUAAACUGGUGUUGGAAUUGAAUAACGCAAACUGAAAAUAGUUUGUGAAAUAACCUUGACUUCAAAUCAAUAAAAAAAAAUCAAAGAACUAAAUCUAAAAGCCUUUUGAACCAAAGGCUACAUAAAUGUGUUAUUGUUCCAAAAUGAAAAAAAAAAUACUGAAAGGCAUUCUUAAAAGCCAACGUCAUGCCAAUACAUGUAGGCAUGACGUUCAUGCCUACAUUGAGCAUAGAGUAACUGAUUGGCACGGUAUACUGAUUUUUUUUUUUUUUUUUUAUUGCAGAAAUGUUUUGAUAAAAAUUGUUAAUUUUUAAGAGUGCCAGAAUUUCAAAAACUCUAUUUUUUACAGAUACAUACUGUACAUCUGUUUAUUGAAACAAAUAAGGUGGAGAGCAAGGAAAGAUGUUUUGAAUGAGUCAAUCUUUCUUGUAACCAACGACAUACCCAAAGCAGUUGUUUCUGGGUUCAUGCACAUAAAGCAAAUGGUGAAUAAGAACUGUGUCUCCACAUUGGUGAAAUGUGUGCUUGUAAAAAUGUGUGAUUCGUAUCUUUCGAGACUUUGCUAAAAUAUGUAAAUAGAAACAAGGGCAGUUCGGCACUAUGAUUGUUCCCUCACUCAAAUAUUUAGGAUUUGAAUUAUUGCUUUAGAGAAAUACAAAUAUAUUCACAUAAUGGUCCAAAAAAUUUUUUAAAAAAAGUUAAGUUAUCUGUUAAGUUAUCUCCUCUGUCUUUCAGAUAAACCUCCAAAUUACCAUUGAUAAAGGAAACAUGUAUCGCUAGGAAAAAUAAAAUUGUGUAAAUCUGAAGCUGUUUGAUGGUGUAGUUACACCUACUGUUAUGUGUGGGAACCAGAACAUGUUUUCUUAAUAUAAAUGUUUUAGUAUUAUUUUAAACAUUUCAAUGCUGACAUAUAAUAUUAUAACAUAUGGGCAUAAUAACUUUUAAUUUUGUAUUAGCCUUCAAAAGAAUGAUUGACUGCAGGUGGGGAAGGCGAAACCUGGAUGUAUGUGACCACUGGCUGUUUUAAUUCGUGUUAUGUUUGAAAAGUUAUUUUUACAAGAAAAGCAGAAAAAUUAGCUGUUGGUUUCAGGUUAACUGUAAAAUUUGCUUUGUAAUCGACAUGAAAUUGGUGUUAUGUGAGAAUAUGGUAGUUCCAAAGGUUUGGAAGUCUUAGACUCAUGUGCUAAUUGAAUGUAAAAGUGCAGUAACUACAUCAGUGUUUUACCCAGACUUUAAAUUAGUACUUUUAGUGCAGUUUUAUUGCAUUUUUAAUUGUUAGUUAAAAAUGCCAUAAACCAUUUUUUCAACAUGAAUUGAAAUCUAAAUUAAAAUGUAAAUUUUAAUGUUUUCCUCAUUCAUUCAGCUAAAUGAAUAGUUGCAUUUUUAGCAUUUGAGCUUUUUGUUCAUUCAGAUCCAUCUAUUUUACUUAAUAGAUUAUGUUCAUAUGCAUGUAUGUAAUAAUAAUUUACUUGAUUUAAACCUCAUUAUAAAAAUAAAUAUAGUAAAGAACUGCUUCCCAGAGGACUCAUGAGUUGUAGAUAUUUUUGUUCUCUUUAUUAAAUGAAACAAUUUUCUGGAUGAACAUGUCUGAAAUGAGCAUCUCAAUUUCCAUGCCAUUUCAGAUUAAAGCCAAUUAUGAGAAGUGGUCAGCUCAUCAUAUCUAAUUUCUUUGUUAGAACUCUGCAAUUUGAAUUAAAUGCUUCCUAUGUAAGUGUGAUGAAAAGCUGAUCUUGCUGUUUCUUUUCAUUAUGUCCAAAUACAUUUAGUCUUUUUACAAACAAUAUUUUUUGGGAGUGAUUUAAUGUAAUUAACACAAAGUGUUUCAUAAUUGUAAAGUGGAAGGAUAUAUUUUUUUAUUUUUACAAAUAAAAACUUGAAAAGUC